CACAUGGUAACACACAGCAGCCGCAAGGACCAUGAGUGCAAGCUCUGUGGUGCCUCCUUUCGGACCAAGGGCUCACUCAUCCGUCACCACAGGCGACACACUGAUGAGCGCCCUUAUAGAUGUGCCAAGUGUGGAAAGAGCUUCAGGGAGUCAGGUGCACUGACUCGGCACCUUAAAUCUCUCACUCCAUGCACAGAAAAGAUCCGCCUCAGCGUGAGCAAGGCCACAGUUGUGGGCAAAGAGGAAGUUGGGCUGGAGAGAUGUCCUGGAAUAGGUAUUGCCAAAAUUGGUUGCCAGGCUCUUCAAGGACUAUUUGAACGCUGCCUUAAAGGGUCUAGUGCCUCACCUGUGGGGACAGAUACAUCAUCAGUGGCAGGAGAACCCAUGGAAACAUCACCUGUGAUUCACCUGGUAACAGAUGCCAAGGGCACUGUCAUCCAUGAAGUCCAUGUCCAGAUGCAGGAGCUUCCCCUGGGCAUGAAAGCCCUGGCCCCUGAGUCCCCAGACCCUGAGGAGCUUCCCUGUUCCAGUGAGAACAACCGUGAGAACCUGCUACAUCAGGCCAUGCAGAAUUCUGGCAUCGUCCUCGAGCGGGUUGCUGGGGAGGAGAGUACUCUGGAGCCGUCUCCUCCCUCUGUGUCCAGUCACCAGUCCCUGGGAGAAGGACCCCCAGAACUGCUGCUGGAGAUGGAACAGAUAGAGACAGUGGCCAGUGAAGCUUCAAUGGUGCCUAGGGCACACCCAUGCCCUCAGUGCAGUGAGACUUUCCCAACAGCAGCCACCUUGGAGGCCCACAAGAGAGGUCAUAUAGGGCCGAGGCCAUUCACCUGCACACAGUGUGGCAAGGCCUUCCCCAAAGCCUACCUGCUGAAGAAGCACCAGGAGGUGCAUGUGCACGAGCGCCGCUUCCGUUGUGGAGAGUGUGGGAAGUUUUAUAAGACCAUUGCCCAUGUGCGGGGCCACCGACGUGUCCACUCAGAUGAGAGGCCUUUCCCUUGUCCCCAGUGUGGCAAGCGUUACAAAACCAAGAAUGCCCAGCAGGUGCACUUCCGGACACAUCUGGAAGAGAAGCCCCACGUGUGCCAGUUCUGCAGCCGAGGCUUCCGAGAAAAGGGCUCACUGGUGCGGCACGUGAGGCACCACACAGGCGAGAAGCCUUUCAAGUGCUACAAGUGUGGCCGUGGCUUUGCAGAGCAUGGCACACUCAACCGGCACCUGCGCACCAAAGGGGGUUGCCUGCUGGAAGUGGAGGAGGUGGUGGUGUCUGAGGAGAGCCCCUCUGCGGCUGCCACUGUGCUUGCAGAAGACCCCCACACCGUGCUGGUGGAGUUCUCAUCUGUGGUGGCUGAUACUCAAGAGUAUAUUAUUGAGGCUACUGCAGAUGACACAGAGACCAGUGAAGCCACCGAGAUCAUUGAGGGCACCCAGACAGAGGUGGACAGUCACAUCAUGAAGGUGGUACAGCAGAUUGUGCACCAGGCUGGUGCUGGGCACCAGAUCAUCGUACAAAAUGUGACCAUGGACCAGGAGGCAGCACUGGGCUCAGAGGCAGCUGCUGCUGACACGAUCACCAUUGCCACUCCUGAGAGUCUUACUGAGCAGGUGGCCAUGACACUGGCUUCAGCAAUCAGUGAAGGCACUGUGCUCACAGCCCGCACAGGUCCAAACAGUACUGAACAGGCCACUGUGACAAUGGUGUCAUCAGAGGACAUAGAGAUCCUUGAGCAUGGAGGAGAGCUGGUCAUUGCUUCACCAGAGGGCCCAAUUGAGGUGCAGACAGUCAUCGUAUAGCUGGAGGGCCUCUACGGUGGUAGGACGAGGACCCCGAGUGCCUGCCCACACCUGUCUGUUCAGAAGACAUUGAAGUUCAGGCACCUAAAGGAGAUAAGAGUGUGAAUAUGCAGUCUUUUGUUUGUUUUUUGCCUUACAAUAAAACAUGAAAACCUGCA